AAAUCAUAAAAUGUUUCUCAUUUUAGUCGCAAUUAUUAUCGCGGCUGCAAAUAAUGUGCUGGGUGAUUAUCACGCAGUCCGUGCGUUUGGGAGGGAAUGACUUAUUGCGAGUCACGACACAUAACACCCGAACCCUAUUGUAUGAACACUUCGGACAGUUGUCUCCGGGGGUUAUACUCAUCACUACCCGACAUAAAGUGGUUCGGGUUGUGCUCACCCUAUCGCCGGACAGGGAUGUGGACAGGGAGUGGGAUGUCGGCUAUAACACCAAAGAUCUGAGCGCACAGUUUACUCGUAUUGACAGCGCCGGUAGUUUUGUAUUUCCUUACUAUCACAAGGAAAUGGAUUUUAAGGGAAAUGGAUUAGACUUUAAUCUACUGUUUGAGGCCAAGUCUGACACCAAGAAGUUGUUGAUAAAUGUGGCGGACAGUGAUCUGAAUGGAGGGACAGUUAGCUUUCGGUUUGUGGAGAAGUAUUCAUCGCUAAACCUAUUUGACGCAAAUCACACGAAACCCGAGUUUUUGCUCUCAAAGGGACAGCAAAUCGUUGUAAUGAUUCGCGGGUUCCGGAAAUAUGACACAAAUCCCGGGAAUGCCUUACGUUUGGACUACGAAGUCGUGGACUCCCGGUGCAGUCAAUAUAAACAGAGAUUUCUACUCGAUUUGACACAUUUCUCACAAUUCAUAAACACCGGGGAUAUUAUGCGCGUAUUGGACGACAUAUCCCGGGACUCCCAACCUAUGGCUGUCAUUGAGUCCCAACUGUUGGACACGUAUUGGAGGCAUAAGUACUUGUAUUCGACGGCAAACCGGUUGCGGGUAUCGUAUGAAUCACAACAUGUGGUCAAUACGAGCGGGAACUACCGUUUCAAUGACACGGCAUUUCACGUGGAACUGGAGCUCAACACUAAGACUAAAACCCUUUUACCUAUUGUAUACACUUUUGAGGCUACAUCUGGUUAUCAAUUAGUAGUAGACCUGGAUGACAUACAUAGACUACCCGGAAAUGGCUCCCAAAAUCUGUUGGCAAUAUAUGAGAGCACCGAUAGGCAUAGUGAACAGCCUAUUAUUGAACUUCAAUCUCAGGCAUACCCGCCCCGUACUAUCGCCUCAAACACGAAUCAAUUAAAACUUGUAUUCAAUCAAUGGGUGGACUAUAAGCUAACUGUCCGUAAGGUUAAGGCUAAUGGUUGUUAUGCCAGGGCUGGGACCAGUUAUACCAGAUAUCAUAACACCACUUGUGAACCAAAAUGCUCAUGGUUAAUCCCUGGUCGACCCAACACUUCGGGCACCUUUAUCUUACAUUUCACCCAUAUAUCCUUACCUAAUUCAACGGAUCGGCUAACCCUACGAAUGGUGGGACGGGAUGUAAAAGCAAUACUUGAGUUUACUGGACCUUUCCACACGACUUCUAUACCCGAUGUCAUACUACCAUCCAACGAGACCCAUGUGUUAUAUACUGAACACGAAUGCCUUAACCAGUCGUCCCCUUUAACAAUCACGUCAUUGUAUACCGUGUCGAUGACCUACUGGGAACGGGAUGUCAGCAACACUGAGUUGAUAUUUACGAAUUAUUACCAUUCCCUCGAGUUUCAGACAUAUAAUCAUCCAAUGGAUUAUCCAUAUGGCAUGGACUACCUAUGGAAAGUUUACAGUACGUAUUUUGGCAUAAAUUAUACCCUGGCUACAUUCAGUGACAUAUCACUACGAUAUAACCAUUCGCUAAACAUCAAGAGCCUGAUCAAUUCAAAUACGUUUGGAUAUAAUAGUCUACCACCAGACACCAUUUUCUCCCUACCCAUGAUAGCCAACCUAACCGCUAGUUAUAAAACCACUUGGGAUGAUCAAGUUACAUUUGGUGGAUUUCGGGCUAUAUUAUACCCGUUAGAGUGUGGUGGCAAUUUUAAUAUGACCUACGAUUCACGGAUACAAGUAACUACACCCGAUACGCUUACAAAUGUGACCAGGUGCGUUUGGAUUAUCAACACCGGCACCGGCUAUGAGGACAGUGUGUUGAAGUUAAAGUUUGCUGAUUAUUGGCGUAAAGACUACAUUACCAUUUACGACUCAAACACAAUGAGGAACGGUAGGUUAUUGGACGUGAGAAAGGGUACUGUGCGCAGUACCACAAAUACCAUAAUCAUCGAUUACAGUGUCCGUGCUUGCUCGUUUUGCUAUUCACUAUGGCCGUUGACAAUUAAUGUCUAUCGCAAGGGUGUCCUGUACGUCGCCAACAUUACCACCGGCAACACCUGA